AUGAGCGCUAGGGAUGUCGACCUCGAGUUCGAGCGGGCUUACCAGCGCCUAUUUGCAAGGUCUACGCCCACAGAGACCGAGACGUCAAAUGCGGCCAGACGCAGCGGAGACAGCUCAGAGUCCCAAGCUGGCUCCUCCAAGGACUUGCAUGCGGUCGACAAUGGCUUGCGACCAGGGCCACCAGCGUCCUCGACGUCCCGAACCGAGUCGAAGCCGCCGCGUAACAUCGAUGCAAGCCUACUCUCCUUAGCACGUCAGACCUCAAUCAACAAGGCUCGAUCGCAAGCCAGAGACCGACGACCCUCCCAGGAUCUGCCGCCGCAACGCCAAGAACAAACGCGACCAAAGGUUGUUCAAUCCCCGCUGGAUGCUUUGGCACUCCACAAGACGGCCUCGAGCUCCAAGGGGAAAAGGCGCGCUUACUCUCACCCCGAGACAGAGGAUCGACAUGCCGGAAGUGCAGAACGAGUCGCGCCUCCUCUGGGCCCUGCACAGGCGCAACCUGGCAGCAUGUCGUACCAAGGCCCAGUUGCAUACUAUCCAUACCCCGCCAGCCAGCCAUCUUACCAGGUGUCUAGCUCGCUCAUGGCGCCCGCACACAGCAUGGCGCAUGUACCUGGGCAAGCCAUAGCAUGGACACAGCCAAUCAUGUCAACCGGACCGAUGCCUGGUAUAGCCUAUCCGGGCUUCAGCGCCUCUGUCACCUUCUCACAGCCGCAAUUCUUUGCAUCACCACCUCAUGCUCUUCCAUCGGCAGUCAGCGCUCCGCCUUCCAAUGGUUGGUCGCGAUCGCAACAGCAAGAAUCGCAGCGCGGCGCGUCGACCGCAACCUUUCACGACCAGCAUGACCAGCUACAUCUCGACACCGCACUGUCAAGCUCCCGUCGCCGGUUGCCUGCAUCGUCGCCCAGGAAAGAUGCCGCUGCGAAGAUGCGGGACAGAGGAGCAAUAGCGCAGCUCGACAGUAAGGCGCACAUCAGAAAUGGAUUUCGCGAACCUGCACAUUGGGAGAUGGUCAGACAGAAAGCGCUCAAGAAGCAGAAGCGAAAGCAAAAGAAGGAGCUGCUCGACGAGAACGGUAUGCUGAUCCCUAGGAAACGAGGUCGACCUCCACGCAUUCGUGAGCUCAGCCCGCAAGACGCUACGCCCGAGGGGAGUGCGAUGGUUGGCCCGGGACAUAUUAAGGCAGAGACAGUGGACGCAGGGGCUCCCCAUGUCGAUAUGCCUGUACCUUCCUUCGAGGCAUGUCUGCGGCUGCCAGCAGACCGGGGCUGUCCAUACAAUAAGGAGACGCACACUUUGUUCAUCCACUCGGCGCGGAAGCUGCGUUGGCUCGCGCGCAUUGCGAUCGCGCAAACAGACCAGCGAACCAGUUUACCUUAUCGCGCCGAGCGCUCCGCAGCAGAACGAAUCGAAUGGGCUCGAUGGAGCGCCUCGAUCGCCGCUCCAGUGGAAGCAAGGAUCCCUCAGGACACUCCAGCUACAUGCGACAGUGGAUCAGCAUCGCAGGUACAGUCGCAAUCACAGUCAGAUCCUGCCGGCUUGUUUCCUCGAGACAAGCGAAGGGACUACGUUGCCCUGCGCAAGGAGCUACACGCCGCCAAGCGAGUCGCGUCGGCACGCAUCUGCGUUUCAAACCUGGUUCGGUAUCUAGCGAGAACGAGCAGAAAGGCGGAGGGGAUCAAGUGGAACAGGAGAAAACGCGAGUACCUGGACCGGAAACAUCGGGCUGCUAAGCUGGCAAAGUACAUGCUCAAGUCUGUACGGCCAACAGCAUUGGAUGUGCGGAGAAUGUGGAGCGUCUGGGCUCGAGCGGCGCAUGCUCGUAGCUCUGGGAACGAUGCGGGUGGCAGUGCUGCAGCCGCGGCACCGCAGCGGAACAGGAGAGUGUCGUUUGCAGCAGCAUUGAAGCUCGAGUCGCCAGAGCCGGCUAGUGUGGCUGCUGUCAACGUUGACGAGGGAAUGCGGGUCAAGAUAGAGCCAGAGUCUCCAUCGGCUCAGCGAACCAAGCUGGUUCCUGCUUUGCUGUGUUCGUCGGACCCUGUCCAGGUCAAGUCCGAACCUGGUCUUGACGGGGUAAUGACUCUCGAGCUGCCUGCAACGCCUGUUGCAGGAUCUGAUCUCGGCGCGAUAUCGUCUGCGCUGCACACACUGGCGGGAGCUGGUGAUUGCAGAAGGACGCGAUCGCCGCUCUUUCUGCGCCGAAACUUUCGCGUGUAUCGUCUGGUCGGCUUGUCGGACCUUCCGCUUUCGUGA